AUGAUCACCAAACUCUUUGAUCAGUUGAAUUUUGUAAAUUUCUUCACGAAACAAGUGGUGGGAGAACAUGAGGCUCAUGCUUCAAGUAAACAUGUAGGAACCACUCAAUCCCGACAGAUUCCUCAUGCCAUGUAUUCCUUUGUGAAUCCAACUCCUUUAGAAUUGCCAGAAUAUCAAUAUGACCAAACAACGGGAAAGCUCUUGUUGGAUCGUUUCCAUCGACCGAAACAGUCAACUACAAAUGGCACUACAGCAUUGUCCUCCUCCUCAUCAUCUUUAGAAGAUGAAUGGUCUGGAUUUACAACAUAUGAAUUUGUAGUAGCGAGUAAUGAAGUGGCAAGAGAUUGCUUCGGAGUGGAUUUGUCAGCUGCCACUACGGAUCAAGAAUCAAAUUUACAAAUGGAUACCUGCCAAAAUCAUGCCAACAAGCAAUUUUGUGGAGAUGACAAGAAAUUUCCUCAACGUUUGGCUAACAUUUUGUCAGGCUAUGAAUUAUUGUCGAAUACAAAAUAUUAUGCUCAUUGUUAUGGAGGUUUUCAAUUUGGACAUUAUGCUGGUCAACUGGGUGAUGGAAGAGCUAUUAGUAUAGGACAAAUUGAUGCAUCAAGGUCAUUGAAUGGACAAAACAAUGGCUCCUUGUCAUCAUCAUCUCCUCGAUUGUUUGAAUUGCAAUUUAAGGGAGCAGGCCCAACUCCAUUCUCAAGAAAUGCAGACGGUAGAGCUGUAUUGAGAUCUUCCAUUCGAGAAUUCUUUGCUAGCGAAUUUAUGAACAAGAUUGGAGUGGCUACCACGAGAGCAUUUAGUUUGGUUCGAUCUAAGGACAGAGCGGUAUUAAGAGAUGAGUUUUACAAUGGAAAUCCAAAGUAUGAAUAUGGAGCAAUUGUGAUGAGAGUGGCCCCAACUUUUGUUCGAUUUGGAUCGUUUGAGGUAUUUUUGUAUCGAUUUGGUCAACAAGAACGUGAACUUUACGAAAAGGAAGUGAAAAAUAUUGACCUUUUAGCGACCUAUGUCAUUAAGAAUCAUUAUUCUCAUUUAUUGACUCCAGAUUGUAUUGAUGCGAAUACUGGAGAGGUCACUCUGAACAAUAACAUUCGAGAACAAUUUGCUAAGGAAGUGGUGAGACGAACUGCUAAAUUGACUGCUGAUUGGAUGUCAAGCGGUUUCGUUCAUGGUGUCCUUAAUACUGAUAAUAUGUCUAUUCUGGGUGUCACUAUUGACUAUGGACCAUUUGGUUUUAUGGAUUAUUACAAUGAAGACUUUAUACCAAACAAUAGUGACGAGGAGGGACGCUAUCGCUACAAAAAUCAACCUGCAAUUUGUUACUGGAAUUUACAAAAAUUGAUGAGGGCCUUGACACCAACCUUCCUUCCAGAUUCGACGGACUACUUCACCAAAGUGCUCUCCAUUUACGCUCCUCAUUUCGAGCAUUAUUAUUUGUUAAAUUUCAGAAAGAAGCUUGGAUUAAUUCCUCACAUGGCUCCAGAAGUGGACACGAAAGUAGAUGUGACCGAUUUCAACAUGUUCCAAGGUGACAGUGAUUCUCUCAGAGAUAAAGAUUGGGAACUCAUUGAGAGUUUACUUGUGUGGAUGCACACUUAUAAGGCUGAUUUUACCAACUUUUUCAGAACUCUCUCCGAUUUGGACAAGAAUUGUAGUGAGCUCCCAGAGACCUUUAUUGAAAAACUAAUGGCCACACUGGAGCCAAGAGUCAACACUUCUACUAGUGGUAGCUGCAGCAGAACCGGAUUUUCAGACGUACUGGACACCAAUGAUUUGGAACUUGCCACUCAAUCCUUGAAACAGUUUCUUUCCCAAUACAUUCAACGUCUCUCUCAUGAAUCCAUUUCACACUUAUCGAACGAAGACAGAAAAUCUCUCAUGGAUCAAACAAAUCCAAGAUAUAUCUUAAGGAAUUAUUUAAUGCAACAGGUCAUUGAAGCAGCUGAACGAUUUGACUAUGAACCGCUUUAUGAGUACUAUGAUAUUUUAUUGAAUCCCUUUGUGCAACGUCAAGAUACUGAAAUUGAUUCAAAAUAUGCAGCAAAUGCUCCAGUGAGCGCACGAUGCUUAAAGUUGAGUUGUAGCUCCUAA